AUGUGGAAGCUCCGGUUUCCCGCACUUCGAGCCCAGGCUGAAGUUCUGCAGGCGGCGGAAACACGCGACCGUCUGGCCAAGAACCUGAUCGAUCUCUACAUCGGAGAGGCCGAGAUCCUGCCGCAGAGCAAGAGGCCGAAGGAAGAGCGGCAGAACGGGGAGAUUGCCGUCCGAGUCUGUCGCCCCAAGGCCUGCAUCGACAUACCGGCGCACUACGUGUGUGUCGCAACGGGGUCUCGGCCUAACCGGCCACCCAAGAUGAGAUCGGGAUCGCGGCUCCCUUUCAUGAAGGGCGUGGUGGUAGACGCUACCGAGAUGGGCACGAUCACCGACCUCCCCAACGCGUGCGCGAUCAUCGGGGGAGGCGUCAUAGCGGUGGAGUACGCCAAUGUCCUCGCUGGGCUGGGGGUCGGAGUGUCCCUUCUUUGCAAAGACGAGGAAUUCAUGCCCUUCCUUUCGGAGGAGCUUCGGGUGGAGCUCAAGCAACGCAUGCCGCGACGCUUGCGGGUGGACCUGGUGCUGUACAGCGGAGGACGCGACGCCAACACCGAGACCCUCGGCUGCGAUGCCGCGGGUGUGGACCUGGCUCGGUACGGCAGGGUCAAGGUGGAUGGAUCUUUCCGGACGUCGAACCCACGGGUGUACGCGAUCGGGGACGUCACGGGGCCCCCUGGGCUCGCGUCCUCAGCGCAGAUGGGAGGCCGUGCGGUGGCGACCUACCUGUUCAACGACAAGAUGCAAAAGCUGAAGCAGUUCAUGCUGGAGACCUCCACCGAGAUGGAGGAUGUCGUGGAUGACCCCUUCUUCGCAGCAGAAGCCGAAUCCGCCUCGGGCGCUCAGCGCACGAGCGAGCAGCUGCAGCAGUACGAGCAGACCGCCAUGCUUGGCAGCGACGAUUCGAUGGCCGACGCGGCGGGGGGGGCGGAGGGGGAGUCGCUGUUCGAGAGGGUGGCCGGGGCGCCGCUUACUCUGUGGACGAUCCCGGAGAUCUCUUCUGUGGGUCUGACAGAGGAGCAGGCGUUCGCCGAGGGGAUGAGGAAGGCGUCGCAGGGGGGCUCCAUGGUGACCGGGUACGCGUAUUUCAAGGACAUCGCGAGGGGAAGGCUGAGCGGAGGGGACGCGGCGGGAUUCCUGAAGCUAGUGGCCAGGGCGGACGGGCCGACUCGGCACGUCGUCGUCGGCGUGCAGAUCAUCGAUUCACCAAGAUCCUGA